AUGAAGACAGCACACCGGAGAGCGGUAACGGCCAGUUUCAGACACUGGCGAAGCAGAAGCCAAUGCGAUCACGUCCGGCAAGGCACACACCUGAAGGUCGCCGAGUCCUGGCCCGCGCGCCUCAAGCUCCACUGGACCACGCCUCUGAAGCAAUCGAAUAAUUGCUCCUCUUCCUCCUGCUCCUCUUCCACUGCCCUCAUCCACCUGCUCCGCAUCCUCCUGGCUCCGAAGCCACCGGCUCCGCAUCCAGACGGGUGGAACCUCUGGGGAAGUCUGCAGGAAGACGCUGGUCAGUACCCGAAUGUAACCACUGGCAACAUGAAGAGCUCUGGGCCAGGGGGCGGAGAGGCUGCUCCCGACAUGCAGGGUUUACCGGAAUCACAGGGAGGUCACCAGCGUUCGUCACCACAACUAGACAUCAGACGCCCCUCUUGUCAGCCAGCGUCAUGUUUCCCUCCAAGCAUGAACUUGUUCUUACAAGCACCCGUUCACCUUACAGCCAGAUCCUGGAACGAUAUUGGGUGGGACGGCGAAACGACGUCCCUCAAAGGUAGUCCGAAGCUAAAUCAUCAAUCGCGGCUUGGCGGCGAAGCACAGGAGAGUAACGAAGGGACCACCGAGGUGCAACUGAGCGUCAUCGGAAUAUGCGGGCAGGAUGGCGAUCGGGGUGUGGUCGUCAGGAGUGGACAAGGGCAAGAGCCGGUCGGAUCCGGGGUGGGGCAGAACAACGAUCUAAUCACACGGGAGGGGGGUAUGGUGGUAAAAAUGGCUCUGCAUCCGGCGCUGGCAAUGCUUUUCAUACUGGCUCUGUAUCCCGCCCCACCGGGAGGACUGGAUGGUCGAAUGGAGCCCAGCGUCCAGCGGCUUCAGACCUGCCACACCCAAGGGUUGGACCCGAUCAACAGCAGCGGGUUAAGCGUGUUUGCAUCCAGGCACCUACCAGCCCAAAAACCCCAACAGCCAAAGUCUCCAGUGCAGUCUCACGUUCCAAAGGAGUUCCGACGGAGGAACCGUCACAUGUAUGGCGUUCGACGUAGCCAAUACUCGGGCACAGCCUUCACCAUUAUGCCCCGUCCCGGACCAUUCCCCCUGAUAGUUCAAGGGUCUUGCUCGUGGUGUCGACCACGUGUCGGUAGGUCAAACCGGUGGGGUCAUUGUGGAUUACAUGAGAUCCCACGUCCAGGAGCACAUGUGAAUAGGAGUUCCAUGUAUGCUGACGUGGGCCAGGGCUCGGUGAGCCAAUGA